GUGCGUAUCCUCAAGAAGAAGAAGGCCAGGAGCGGGAACGAAGCCGUGCAGGCUCGCCUGCAUGGUGCGUGGUCUCAGUCGAAGAAGGCGGAGGCAGGGACGAGGUGCGUGCUCUCGCAGACCAGGCCGGCGCAAUAUGGGGUUCCAGGCGCGUGGUCUCAGCCCGAAGAAGGCGGAGGCGGGGACGAGGCGGGGACGAGGCCGGAGCGCUUAUCCUCGACCAACGUGGAGUCCCAGGUACGCGAUCUCGGCCCGAAGAAGGUGAAGGUGGGGUGCUUGAAGCCAGAAGAAGGCGAGCUUCAAGAGGAGGCGACAACAAGCUCGAAGGACUUACUCUCAGAAUACGUUCUCGGCGCGUGGUCUCAACCUGAAGAAGACAGAGGCGGCGACAAGGUGCGCGGUCUCAACUUGAAGAGGAUGGAGGCGGGAACCAGUCCGGAGCACUUCUCCUCAACCAAUAUCGGGUCCGAGGUGCGUGGUCUCAACUCGAACAGGAAGCUCAAGCUGAAGAAGACAGAGGCAAGAACGAGGUGCGGAAGCUCACAAGUCGAAGAAGACAGAGGCAACGGCAAGGUGCGUAUCCUCAAGAAGAAAAAGGCCGGGAGCGGGAACGAAGCCGUGCAGGCUCGCCUGCAUGGUGUCCCAGGUGCGUGGUCUCAGUCGAAGAAGGCGGAGGCAGGGACGAGGCCGGAGCACUUAUCCUCACCCAAUAUGGG